AUUUUUUGUUGCUUGCUACCCAGUCAACAGAAAGACUAAACGUGAUUACAGUCGAGGCGUCCACAGUGAAAGGCGAAGAGCACGGAUUAGGCGAUGUUGCCAGGACUCGAGGGCCAGAGUUGUACAGAAAGGAAGCUUCUGUUGAUCCACACUACCUGCCGAUGGGCCGUGUCGCAAUGAGAUUACUGGCCGCCAUUCUGCUGGCUGUGGGCAGCUGUGCCCAGGAGCUGCCCUCGCUGCCGCACGGAUGCAUGGAGGGCAGUUGUUACCCUGCCACGGGCAACCUGUUGGUGGGCCGAGCCCACAACCUGACCACCACCUCCACCUGCGGCCUGCGGGGCCCAGCCAAUUACUGCAUCGUCAGCCACCUGCAGGGACUGAAGAAAUGCUUCCAGUGUGACUCACGGGCACCGUACAACCCAGACACCAGCAGUUCCAGUCACCGGGUGGAGAAUGUCAUCUACCUCAGCGACCGGACCGGGGAGAUGACCUGGUGGCAGUCCGAGAAUGGUAAGGAGAAGGUGAGCAUUCAGCUCGACCUGGAGGCCGAGUUCCACUUCACUCACCUCAUCAUAAAGUUCAAGACGUUCCGGCCGGCAGCCAUGUACAUCGAGAGGUCCGCGGACUUUGGCCGCUCUUGGAAUGCGUAUCGCUACUUUGCCUUCAACUGCACCCUCUCCUUCCCCAACAUCCCCACUGGGCCACUGAGGAGAAUCGACGACACCAUCUGUGAGCACCGCUACUCAGACAUCGAGCCGUCCACACUGGGAGAGGUUAUUUAUAAAGUGCUGGACCCGGCGGUGAAAGUGGACGAUCCCUACAGCCUGCAGAUUCAAGACCGGCUGAGGAUCACCAAUUUGAAGAUCCACUUCACCAAGCUGCACACUCUGGGGGACAAUCUGUUGGACGGGCGGCCGGUGGUCCUAAAGAAGUAUUACUACGCCAUCUACGAGCUGGUGGUGCGCGGGAGCUGCUUCUGUUACGGCCACGCCUCGGAGUGUUCCCCCGUGGCGGGCGACCAAGGCAACGUGCCGGGAAUGAUCCAGGGCCGGUGCAUCUGCAAACACAACACACAGGGGUUAAACUGUGAACAGUGCCGGGACUUUCAUCAUGAGUUGCCCUGGAGACCAGCCAGGGCUGAUCACCCACACACCUGCAAAGUGUGUGACUGUAACAAGCACUCUACGCGCUGCCACUUCGACAUGGCGGUGUACAGGGCGACGGGGAAUGCCAGAGGCGGCGUGUGCGAGGACUGUCUCCACAACACCAUGGGCAAGAACUGCGAGCUGUGCCGCCCGUACUACUACCGAAACCCAGCGGCAGACAUCCGCUCCCACAACGUCUGCAUCCCCUGUGACUGUGACCCUGUGGGCUCGCUGGAGGGAGGGGUGUGUGAUGGUGAUACUGACCUGGACUACGGCAGCAUUGGCGGUCAGUGCCGCUGCAAGGACAAUGUGCAGGGAGCGCGCUGUGACCGCUGCAAGGAUGGCUACUAUGGUCUGAGCCUGGGCAACCCGCUGGGCUGCCAAGCCUGUCGCUGUGACCCCCGGGGGCUGUCGAUGAUCGGUUCCUCCUGUGACCCCGUCAGUGGCGACUGCGUCUGCAAGAGAUACGUGACUGGUCGUUACUGUGACACCUGCCUGCCUAAGUAUUGGGGCCUGGGCAACGACCUGGGAGGCUGUCGUCCCUGCGACUGUGACUUCGGGGGCUCGUCCAGUGACAGGUGUGAGGGGGUGAGUGGGCAGUGUGACUGCCACCCCUACAUGUCCGGCCGGCAGUGCCAGCAGGUGGAGCCUGGCUACUACUGCAUGCCCCUUGACCUGUUCACCUACGAGGGCGAGGAAGCCAAGCCUCGCUCACCCUCCGACCCACUGCCCGGAGGAAAGAAGCGUCUGGUGGAGGAAGACUGCAUGGAGAUGGACAACCUACAGGCUCUGGGCAUCCGGCGUCGGAGACAUAGGCAGGGGACCCACCGCUCCCCAAAGCCAUGGGUGGAGGUGGUGAGGAGAGAGUGGCCGCUGAACGGUAUGGUCACGUGGACGGGGCUGGGCUUUGCCCGGGUACGGGACGGAGCCGGCCUCACCUUCCUGGUCAGCAACAUCCCCCGUGCCAUGGACUACAGCCUGCUGCUGCGCUACGAGCCCGAGUCAGCUGAAGACUGGGAGGCCAUCGUCAAGAUCCACACGGUGGGGUUACCCACCACGUACCGCUGCGGGAACCUGCUGCCACACGGCCGACCCUACAGACUCACCCUGCACCACACGGAGAGACACAUCAUGGCGUCCAGCCCAUUCUGCUUUGAGCCCAGCAUCCGUUACGAGAUCAGCAUCCGGUUCCAGCGGCUCCUGGCCCCAGACUGGAACUCCAACACCAUCCUGGUCGAUUCCCUGGUGCUGCUACCCCAGUACACGGAGCUGCCGGGGUUCGUGGGGUCGGGGCCGGCGGCACAGGCCCGUCGCCAGGACAUGGAGCGUUACCGGUGCCUGCAGUCGUUCACCGCAGCCGGCACGCCCGACCUCGCCGACGCCUGUAGCCGUCUCCUGUGCAGCAUCUCCGCCCUCCUGCACCACAGCGCACUGCCCUGUGAGUGUGACCCUCAGGGUUCCUUCAGCUCGGAGUGCACCAGGGUCGGGGGUUUCUGCCGCUGCAAGCCGCACGUGAUGGGGCGGCGCUGUGACCACUGCUCUCCCAACACCUUCGGCUUCGGGCCGGUCGGCUGCCUCCCCUGUGAGUGCAGCGCCGAGGGCUCGGUGGACGGCAUGUGUGAUGCGGACAGCGGGGCUUGCAGCUGCCGCUCAGGUGUGCGGGGCCGGCGCUGUGACCGCUGCUUCCCGGAUCACUGGGGCUUCCCCGCCUGCCGGCCUUGCCGCUGCAACGGACAUGCCUUGGAGUGCGACGCCGGCACUGGAUACUGCCGGGACUGCAUGGAUCACACGGGCGGCCGGCACUGCGAACGGUGUGUUGCCGGUUACUAUGGAGACCCGGUGCUGGGGUCAGGUCAACAGUGCCGGCCCUGUCCGUGUCCGGACUACCCCGAGAGCGGGCACUACCAUGGAGUGUCCUGCCACGCCGACCUCUCCUCCAGCCGCAUUGUCUGUCUCUGUGAGACCGGUUACACUGGGUCUCGGUGCGAUGAGUGUGCGGCAGGUUACUAUGGCAACCCGGCGGUUGUUGGGAGUCAGUGCUGGCCGUGUGAGUGCAACAACAACAUUGACGUGACGGACCGAGCAUCAUGUGACCCCCAGUCCGGACGUUGCCUGGCCUGUCUCUACAACACUGGCGGGGCCCAGUGCAGCGACUGCAGGCCCGGUUACUAUGGCAACGCACUCCAGCAGGACUGCAGGCGCUGCAUCUGUAACGUCCAGGGGACCCUGACCUCACUGUGUGAUGCUGACGGCUUGUGCCACUGUGACCGGGCAGUGGGGCAAUGCUCCUGCCGCCCCCAUGUUGUUGGUGCCAGCUGUGACCAGUGCGCUGUCCACUACUGGAAUUUCGGCCACCCUCAGGGAUGUGAACCCUGCGACUGCCAUCCGGAACAUUCCCACGCCCUGCACUGCAACAUGUUCACUGGCCAGUGUGAUUGCCGGCCAAGAUUUGGGGGUCGGAGCUGCUCGGAGUGCAAGAAGAACUAUUGGGGCAACCCAGGGCUCCGGUGCCAGGCCUGUGACUGUGCCGCUGAGGGGUCGGACACUCUCCAGUGCGAUCGAGCCACUGGCCGCUGCCUCUGCCGACAGGGGUUUACCGGGGCCAGAUGUGACCAGUGCAGCCGAGGCUACCUUGGCCGCUUCCCCAGCUGUGCGCCCUGCCACAUCUGCUUCUCCAUGUGGGACGAGGAGGUUGACUGUCUAUGGGAGAGGAUAGAGGAACUGCGGGAGAGGCUGGAUCGGGCACUGGGCACGGAGGUCAACGGCACUGCCCACCGCGCCCUGCAAGAGCUGGAGGAACAGCUGGCAAAGCUGCACUCUCUCAUCUCCUCACUGCUCCCCAACAGCACCCUGCACCUGUACCCCCUGCGAAACCUGUCCCGGGACCUCAGGCAGGAGCUGGUGGCCGUGUCGCAGAGACUGGAUGAUGUGGAGAGAGCCGUUGCCAGGACUCAGGAAGCCAACCAGGGCGCGGAGGGAGAGGUGGAAGAGCUGGACGAGAUGACCCGCAAUCUGACCGCAGGCCUCGCCCAGAAAACCAGGGAGCUGGAGAAAUAUAUAAAGAUGAGCUUCAAAGAGUACUUGGCAGCAGUGAGGGCAGCGUACUGGGAGUCUGGGCAGGCGGAGCAGCGGGUGAACGAGACGGUGUGGGGAGCAAUGGGACCGCUGCAGGAGUCGGUCGACACACGGCAGCGGGCAGAGGGGCUGCUCCAGCAACACCAGGACCAACUCCCCACGGACAUCACCGCUCACAGCAAGGAGCUGAGGGAGCUGCAGCUCAAGGUGCACAACAUGAGCAUGGACAACAUCAACAAGGUGUGCGGGGGCUCGGGCAGCUGUGCGGGACCCCUGUGGGGGGGGCAAUUGUCGGGAUGACGAGGGCAGACGGCAAUGCGGGGGUCCCGGCUGCGGGGGGGGGUCAUGCAGUGAGCAGCGCAGAGGAGGCGAUGCGGACGGGCAACAAUGUCAGCAGAGCGACGCAGGACAUGGAGCGACUGC